UCAAUGUUCAUGCCAUCAGGUUGGAGGCUGCCCAUGUGUUGUUCCUCCAACCUGAAUGUGGCUUCAUCUUGACAGUAGAGGAGUCCAUGGAUAGACAUAUCAGAAUGGGACUGGGACGUGGAAUUAAAAUGUGUGGCCACUGGGAGAUCCUGCUUUCUCUGUCGGACCGAGCGUAGGUGUUCAGCGAAACGGUGUCCCAGUCUGCGUCGGGUCUCACCAAUAUAUAAAAGGCCACACCGGGAAGACCGGACGCAGUGUACCACACCAGCUGUCCUGACGAAGGGUCUCGGCCCGAAACGUCGACAGUGCUUCUCCCUACAGAUGCUGCCUGGCCUGCUGUGUUCCACCAGCAUUGUGUGUGUGUUGUGUGAUUCCCCGAGUCUGCAGCGCGCGUAGUGGACAAUCGCGGUACUGCAGGGGAUCAGCAGCUCCCGGAACGCGGAAGCAUUCUGAAUCAGGAAGUGCCGGAGUUAACAUGGCUUCGAAAGGAGAGACCGACAGUUUGAGCGAGGAGCUAAUUUGUCCUGUCUGUCUGGAUUUCUUCACCGAUCCGGUUAUACUGGAGUGCGGACACAACUUCUGUCGCUCUUGUAUCACACGGUGUUGGGAAAGGGAGGAGAGAAACUCCUGCCCGGAAUGUAGAGAUGAGUUUGCUGACCGCACCCUCAGGGUGAAUCGGGCCUUAGCAAAUCUGGCUGAAAAAGCUCGAAAUCUAAACCUGAAUCCGAAAGGGAAGGAAAGUAAACGUCACUGCGAGGAACAUGAGGAAGAACUGAAGCUGUUUUGCGAAACGGACAAGACACUGAUCUGUAUGAUCUGUGCAGUGGCGGAGGAACACAGAGAGCACCGCUUCAGGCCGAUUAAAGAAGCUGUUAAAAAAUACAUGGAUCAGCUAAAAUCUUCCUUAGACUCUCUCACAAAAAAGAAAUCAGACUUCCAGGAAAAGGAGCAGCAACAGAAAGAGAAGAUAUCCGGAGUUCAGGAACAGUCACGCAGCCUUCAGUCCCACGUCACAUCCCAGUUUGCUGAACUGCGCCAGAUUAUCACUGAGAAAGAGCAGAGCUUACUCAGGGAUCUCAGGGUAGAAGAGAAGAGGAUUCUCAACCCAAUGGAGAAAAAUCUUCUGGCUCUUCAAGAGAAUAUAAGGAUUAUUCAGGAGGAAAUCACAAAGUUAAAGGAACAGAUGGAUCAAAAAGACAGUGUGAUGUUUCUCAAGGAGGAAGCUCAUCGGAACAGAAGGAUUAAUGACGAUGUCCAGGAAUUGUCAGUGACAGAUGAGACCCUACCGGUUGAAAAAUUCGAUCACCUCUAUUUGUUGAACACAGUGCUGAGAGAAAUGCUUGAUGCUAUUAAUCGAGUUUCGAAGAACGAGAGGAGAUCUCAUGGAAACACAAAAUUCUUUCAGGGGUCAACAGGCAGGAGUGAGGGAGGAUGUUUCCCCUGUUCAGCGGAAAACCCUUGUGGAGACAUCUGCUUUUGUCGAAUCAAAGUCUCUGUCACCCUGGAUGUGGAAACGGCGAGUCCGUAUCUCGAGGUGUCUGAGGAUCGGAAGAGUGUGAGACGGACCUGGACCCGGAGGAAUCUCCCUGACACCGGGAAGAGAUUCACAUUCUGGGCUUGUGUGCUGGGAUCGGAGGGAUUCCCAUCGGGGAGACAUUACUGGGAGGUGGAGGUGACGGGGAAUCGGGUCUGGUUUCUGGGAGUCGCCGCUGAGUCUGUGGAGAGGGAGGGAUGGGUCAGUCUGAGUCCGGAGACCGGAUUCUGGGUCAUCGGGCGGGAUGGUGACGUGUUACAUCGGGAUUAUGACGUGUCCGGUCUCACCUCCCCCGAGUCCCGUCUCGCUGCCGGUCCCAUCCCCGGGAGGGUGGGAGUUUAUCUCAGUUACGAGUCCGGGACAGUUUCAUUUUACAACGCGAAGACCAAGUCCCAUCUCCACACCUUCACUGGGAAUAAAUUCACGGGGAAACUUUAUCCUUUCUUCGCGCCCUGGGAUGUGAACCAGUGGCUGAGAAUCUGCUCCGGUUCCGCUCCGGGUCUGUAA